AUGCGCAUCGAGGCAGUUGCACGGCUAAGUGCCAAUGAGUUGGUGGAGUUGGCCCGUACUCGUGCCUACCUCACAAGCUACAGGAAGGUGCCUGCAGCACCUAAACUGGCCAAUGCACUGCAAGGCGAGCUUGAGGUGAGGCACUUGAGCUUGCAACAGGCGACCAGCUUGUUGCAUGCUUCCUUGCAGCUGGUGCCGGACGCUGCACGCAGAGACUGGCAAGGGUCAAAGAUGCUUCAAGACCUGGCAGAGGAGACGGUGAAGGGCCAGGAUGCAGCAGCAGCAGCUGCUCUCCUCCAAAGUCAUGCUUUGAUCUACGGGAAUAAGGAGGCCUCCAAGUCGCCCCUGCCAGUGCAAAGCUUGUGCCUCCGACUGGCGCCCUUGGCCUUCCGAGGCGAAUCCAUGCCAGACGUGCCCCUCAAAGCCUUGGAGACCUUGGAGGUCACCUUGCCCCAAUCUCUACAGCAGGUGGCGGUUCAUCACGUCCAGCAAAGCAUCAAGGCUGCGGGACCUGGCUUUGGGCAAGCGCUGGCCAUGCUGUGGCAGCAAGGAGUUGUCAUGGAGCCAUUGUUUCGGCGGAUUGCGGCACACUUGGUCCCACUGAUCUUCUGGUGGCGCCACUCCGUGCAGAUGGAGAAGGCAGAGGCCUCUCUCAGCAGUUCGAUGCGGAGCUUGAUGUUCACCCAGAUCGUCGAGAACCGUGCGGUUUGGGACGUGGGCCUGGUCCAAGAAGUGCAGAAGAAGAUCGACCAGGAGUUCGCGCAGGGUCUUCAAGCAGAAGAACUCGAGAGGAUGCUGCGUAUGAUGCUCUUCCUGGCCAAUUUGCGGGUCGUCCGACCUCCGAUGUGGCGAAGCUUCAUGUCGUCUCUUAUGAACUCGAUGAGGCACAUGCCGAAGCUGAAGGUACAGCUCUCCGGCUUGCCAAGCCUAAUCCUUCUCCUCGACCUCACUAGGCGAACGCCCUUCCCUGCGCUGGUGCCCAAGGAUUUGCUGCACGAAGUCGCGGUGUGUGCAGGACCUGCCAUCUCCAGUGCAACACCUGAAGAGCUCGCAAAGUUGCUGGCCGGUUUCCAGCGAACGAGCCCAGCGAUCUUUGAAGAGGUGUUGCUGAGACAUCAUCACCCCUUGCUGCGCGCUCGUUUGGUCGAGGAACCUAUGAUUUUGUGCGCGUUGGCUGAAGGUGGGAACUCGUCUCACCAAAGGCCGCGGUGGUGGCGUGGCGAAGUCUUAAGGCCCUGGGCGCGCCAGCUCCGACGCUUGGUGGCGGUCCUGCGGGGUGGCUGGAGCCAGGCACGGGCGCCCUACGAGGAACAACUGCGGCAGUGGCAGGUCGGAGACUUGGGCCAUUUUUGGCAGCAUCUGGUGCUUGAGGCCAUUGGCGUGGCCAAGGCCUCCCCAGCCUUCGCGCGGAAGGGUGCCCGGGCAGUGCUCAGGCACCGGCGUCGGACGGAUGCCUCCAGCGCCUGGGCGGUCCGUGCGUUGGGUUUUGUCACGUGGAACCUUGAGCAAGAUGGCCGGAAGAUGGAAGGGAGCAAGUUGGUCUUCACAGCCACCAGAGGCAUGAAUGCUGAGGCUCAGGCCCACCAGCUCCUGAGCGUUGAUCUUGGCUUUCUGGAUCGGCUCUACCGGCGGCAUGGGGACGUGGAGCGGGUGGCCUUGUUGGAGAUGCUGGAUUUGCUCGGGGAGAGAUCGGCCACUGGCUCGGUGGAGCUCUUCGUUGACCGACCGAUCUGCUUGUCCUGCCUGGGCGUUUUGGCGCAGUUCCACCGGCAGCGGCCAGAGCUCGAGGUGCGUGUGGCGUCCUUUGGCUCGGCGUUCUUCCCUCGGCCGCCCAGCAAGCAGCGAAGCUCGGGCGUGUUGAGAGACGAGGCGCUGCACACCUCGCUGAAGGAAGGAUGA